AUGAGCACUGAAUUUCGUUUCAAACGUUCGAAAACCUCUUUUCUAUGCAAGGCAAACAAGCUCCGCGAGAAUUACGGUGCAGAAGUUUUUGUUGUGAUAAAGCGGAAUCAGAGAUGCGCUGUUUACUCCUCCGCCCCAAAUUCAAGUUGGCGAACAACCCUAGACGCAAUCAAGGCCUCAGAGCUUGUUGAUGAAACUUGGUGUCCGGAAAACAUUCACCUUUUAGAACCUAAAAAACGAAAUGACCCAGAUGGGAGCUUAGAGGCCGCAAUACUAGAGCCACCAUCGUCUUGGGAGACAGGUAAUAUGACCCUGGUCACAGAUAAGCUUUGGGGCGGGAGGGAGAAUCUGGGCUCCAGUCUAUUCGCCUUAAAACGCCAUAAUAAUACUUCCAGCUCCAUCAAGAAGGAACUUCGUGCGAAUGCGAAGGAUAAUACAGUACAAAAAAUGCCAAACAUGAGCUGGGAAAGAGCCAUCGAAGGCCCCAAUGGGCUAAUGAGUUUCUACUCGAGGAGUGCCGAUAGCCCAGAAGCAUUGAAUGAGGACGGGUUGGAUUCGAGCGGAGAGAUAGAACGGGUUGAGGACAGAAGCCCGGACGCAAAGAUUUCGCACCCCCCCGGCCCCACGCGCCAGAACGACGCCCAAAAUAGCUUCUUAGACUUUGGAUACAACCGCUCAAGCGCACAAUCCCAAGCUCCAACUCACAGCUUGACAAAGCGAAGUGCACAGACCCCAGGGCGACACUCCAAGCCAUUUAAACCUGUAUUUUCGAGCUUACCACUAGGAUGGGAAGGGAUUGGCAACUCUCCGGAGCCACACGACGUCGUCCUCGGCUCGUUGUGCAUGGAGCCACCCCGGUUCAAGGCUGAGGAUCUACAAAGACACAAGCGAAAGCGAAGAAUUGAUGCAUAG